GUUGAAAAAAGAAUCAAAAGUAACAAAAACCAUAACCCUACCCUAAUAACCAUCCCAAAAGUGGAAAUAAUAGAAGAAGUAGUUAGAUUGUGACGGGAGACAAAAUCAUCUUCUCUGUUCUUCUUCUAUGAUGAUGACCCAACAACAUUGACGUUGAUUUCGAUGUCACCACCAUCACUAUAAAUAUACACUCUUCACCUAUUUUUGUCUCUCAGACUUUGGAGCCCAAAAAACUCUCACAACCAUUAAAAAAAAUUCCAAUUUGUGGUCUCCUUCUCGCCGGCGUCAAUGGAGGAUCUCCGUCGUAGACUUCCGACCAAAAAGAACGAUGACGACGAAGAAAUCUCCAAUGUCGCCGUCGCUCUUCCUCCUCGUAAAGCCUCUGACGCGCUUCCUCUUCCGUUAUACCUAACCAACACUUUCUUCCUCGCGCUCUUCUUCGCUACUGUUUAUUUUCUUCUUAGCCGAUGGCGUGAGAAGAUCCGUAACUCGACGCCUCUUCACGUCGUUGAUCUAAGUGAGAUCUGCUCUCUCAUCGGUUUCGUUGCUUCUUUUAUCUAUCUCCUUGGUUUCUGCGGUAUCGAUUUCAUUUUCCGAUCUUCUUCCGAUGAUGAUGUUUGGGUUAACGAUGGGAUGAUUCCAUGUGGUCAAUCACUAGAUUGUCGAGAGAUUCUUCCGAUUAAACCUAAUUCCGUCGAUCCUCCUCGGGUUUCGGAUCUUGAUUCGGUGGAAGAUGAAGAAAUCGUUAAAUCGGUGAUCGACGGAACUAUCCCUUCGUACACAUUGGAGACGAAACUCGGAGAUUGCAAACGAGCAGCAGCGAUUAGAAGAGAAGCGGUUCAGAGGAUAACCGGUAAAUCCUUAACCGGUCUUCCAUUGGAAGGUUUUGAUUACAAUUCAAUCUUGGGGCAAUGCUGUGAGAUGCCAGUUGGGUAUGUUCAGAUCCCAGUAGGAAUUGCUGGACCUUUGUUACUCGAUAGGAUUGAGUAUUCAGUGCCAAUGGCCACAACGGAAGGUUGUUUGGUUGCUAGUACCAAUAGAGGUUUUAAAGCUAUUCACUUGUCUGGUGGUGCUUUUAGUGUUCUUAUGAAAGAUGCCAUGACUAGAGCUCCAGUUGUUAGAUUCCCUUCUGCAAGAAGAGCUGCUCUUGUCAUGUUUUAUCUUCAAGAUCCUGCUAAUUUCGAGAGAUUGUCUCUCAUUUUCAAUAAAUCGAGUAGAUUUGCUAGGCUUCAGAGUAUUACAUGUAAGAUUGCUGGAAGGAAUCUCUAUCCGAGGUUUGCGUGUAGUACUGGUGAUGCUAUGGGGAUGAACAUGGUCUCCAAAGGUGUUCAGAAUGUCUUGGAUUUCGUAAAGAGCGAGUUUCCUGACAUGGAUGUUAUUGGCAUAUCAGGGAAUUACUGUUCGGACAAGAAGGCUUCGGCUGUAAACUGGAUCGAAGGACGUGGUAAGCAUGUUGUAUGUGAAGCCUUUAUUAAGGCUGAGAUUGUGGAGAAAGUGUUGAAGACUAGCGUUGAGGCUCUUGUAGAGCUUAACACGCUCAAGAACCUUGCUGGUUCAGCCAUGGCGGGUUCUCUUGGUGGGUUCAAUGCUCAUGCAAGCAAUAUUGUCAGCGCUGUGUUCAUCGCCACUGGGCAAGACCCUGCUCAAAACGUGGAGAGCUCACACUGUAUCACCCUGAUUGAAGCUGAAGGCAACGACCUUCAUAUCUCUGUCUCAAUGCCUUGCAUUGAGGUUGGUACUGUUGGAGGUGGAACACAGCUUGCAUCACAAUCAGCUUGUUUGAAUCUGCUCGGUGUGAAAGGAUCUAACAACGAGGAACCUGGAUCGAACGCACAGCAAUUGGCAAGAAUAGUGGCUGGUUCGGUUCUUGCAGGAGAGCUUUCACUAAUGUCAGCUAUUGCAGCUGGACAGCUUGUGAAGAGCCACAUGAAAUACAACAGAUCCAGCAGAGACAUUGGCCCUUCGUCUCAAGUCAACAGAUGAUGGUUGGAGCACGACGAGACGGAUAAUAAUAAAACAAAACAAAAACCCAAAAUUAGAUUUGAUGUAAUUUUAACUUCAUUUUAUUUCUUCUUUAUCGAUCUCUUUUCUCUCUAUUUUGUACUCUUUAAGUCUCCAAAUUAUCUUAAUUUAUGUAAAGUCAUUUUUGUCCUUCCA